AUUUAACAAAAAAUAAUUAUGAAUAUGUUAAUAAGAAGUAUAGCAUAAUUGUGUCAAAUUUAUUUUACAGCAGAAUGGUAUAAUGAAAGUGCAUACAUGUCAUUGAUUAUAGAGUUUGUAGAACAGAGAUAGCAUGCACUGUUGUUCAUCACAGCUUUUCUAAAGUUAGGUUAGAUGGAAAGUGUCUUGUGUACUUAUUUACGUUAAUAAACUAAACGUAAAUAACAUGGCAGUUCCGUCAGUUUCAUUAUCAACCCGAAAUAAGAAGCAUUUCUUAGGAGUGCCAGCACCUUUGGGAUAUGUUGCCGGUGUUGGAAGAGGUGCUACUGGAUUUACUACUCGGUCUGAUAUCGGUCCAGCUCGAGAUGCUAACGAUGUCUCAGAUGACAGACAUGCACCCCCUACAAAGAGAACAAAAAAGAAAGAGGAAGAGGAAGAAGAUGAAGAGGAUCUAAACGAUUCUAACUAUGAUGAAUUUUCUGGAUAUGGAGGAUCCUUAUUUAGUAAAGAUCCAUAUGAUAAAGAUGACGAAGAAGCCGAUGCCAUAUAUGAAGCUAUUGAUAAACGAAUGGACGAAAAACGUAAAGAAUACAGAGAGAAAAGACUUAGGGAGGAAUUGGAAAAAUAUCGACAGGAACGUCCGAAAAUUCAACAGCAAUUUUCUGACUUAAAACGAGAAUUAGUAAAUGUAACCGAAGAAGAAUGGAAAAAUGUUCCGGAAGUGGGUGAUGCCAGAAACCGGAAACAGAGAAAUCCCAGAGCUGAAAAGUUUACUCCCUUACCAGAUUCUGUUCUUGCAAGAAACUUGGGGGGUGAAACAUCAACUAGUAUCGACCCUUCUAGUGGUUUGGCAUCCAUGAUGCCUGGCGUAGCCACACCUGGAAUGUUAACUCCUACAGGAGACUUAGAUUUAAGGAAAAUUGGACAAGCUAGAAACACUUUAAUGAAUGUUAAAUUGAAUCAAGUUUCUGAUUCUGUGGAAGGACAAACUGUUGUUGAUCCUAAGGGUUAUCUAACAGAUUUACAAAGUAUGAUUCCAACUUAUGGUGGUGAUAUCAACGACAUCAAAAAGGCUAGAUUAUUAUUGAAAUCUGUGAGAGAAACAAAUCCCAAUCAUCCACCAGCAUGGAUCGCGUCCGCUCGAUUAGAGGAAGUUACAGGAAAGGUGCAAGCCGCUCGAAAUUUAAUAAUGAAAGGAUGCGAGGUAAAUCCUACUUCGGAAGACUUAUGGUUAGAAGCAGCUAGACUUCAGCCUCCAGACACAGCUAAGGCAGUGAUCGCUCAAUCAGUGAGACACAUACCGACGUCUGUAAGAAUCUGGAUAAAGGCAGCAGAUUUGGAAACAGAAACAAAAGCAAAAAGAAGAGUAUAUCGCAAAGCGCUGGAACAUAUACCAAAUUCGGUAAGACUGUGGAAAGCGGCAGUUGAAUUAGAAGAACCGGAAGACGCUCGUAUUUUACUCAGUCGAGCAGUCGAGUGUUGUCCAACCAGCGUAGACCUAUGGCUUGCUCUUGCCCGGUUGGAAACUUAUGACAACGCAAGAAAGGUCCUCAACAAAGCAAGAGAAAAUAUACCGACUGACAGACAAAUCUGGACCACUGCUGCGAAAUUGGAGGAAGCGAAUGGAAAUAAACACAUGGUUGAGAAGAUCAUUGAUCGUGCGAUAUCUUCUUUGAGCGCAAACGGAGUUGAAAUUAAUAGGGAACAUUGGUUCAAAGAAGCUAUGGAGGCAGAAAAGGCUGGUGCGGUCCACACUUGUCAAGUUAUUGUCAAGGCAAUUAUUGGUUUUGGAGUGGAAGAGGAGGACAGGAAACAUACUUGGAUGGAAGAUGCAGAAACUUGUGCGCAACAAGGGGCACUGGAAUGUGCCAGAGCUGUUUACGCUUAUGCGUUGUCAACAUUCCCCAGUAAAAAAUCAAUCUGGCUACGUGCAGCUUAUUUCGAGAAAACUUAUGGAACACGAGAGUCUUUGGAAUCCUUGCUUCAAAGAGCAGUUGCUCACUGUCCCAAAAGCGAAGUACUUUGGCUUAUGGGUGCGAAGUCUAAAUGGUUGGCGGGUGACGUUCCAGCAGCCAGAGGUAUCUUGUCUCUGGCGUUCCAGGCAAAUCCCAAUUCGGAGGAAAUAUGGUUAGCAGCUGUGAAAUUGGAGUCAGAAAAUUCGGAAUACGAAAGAGCCAGACGGUUGCUUGCUAAAGCCAGGGCGUCUGCACCAACACCCAGAGUUAUGAUGAAAAGUGCAAAAUUAGAAUGGGCCUUGAACAACCUUGACGCAGCUUUGAAACUUCUGAAGGAAGCCUUAGAAGCAUUCGACGACUUCCCUAAGUUAUGGUUAAUGAAGGGUCAAAUUGAGGAGCAACAAGGCAAUUUGGAUAGAGCUCUAGACACAUAUACUCAGGCUAUAAAGAAAUGUCCCAGUUCAAUUCCCCUGUGGCGACUGUUAGCACAGUUAGAACACCGAAAGGGACAAGUUACUAAAGCUCGAUCAGUAUUGGAAAAAGCACGGUUGAAAAAUCCUAAAAAUGCUGAACUUUGGUUAGAAGCUAUCAGGAACGAAUUAAAAAGCGGAGGCGUUAGAGACAUGGCUAAUACACUAAUGGCAAAAGCAUUGCAAGAAUGUCCUACAUCUGGUUUACUUUGGGCUGAAGCAAUUUUCAUGGAACCACGGCCACAAAGAAAGACUAAAAGCGUGGAUGCUUUGAAAAAAUGUGAGCACGACCCUCAUGUGCUUCUGGCAGUGUCCAAGCUCUUCUGGUGUGAACAUAAAAUUACAAAGUGCAGAGAUUGGUUCAACAGAACUGUUAAGAUAGAUCCAGACUUAGGAGACGCAUGGGCUUAUUUUUAUAAAUUUGAAUUGUUAAAUGGAACCGAGGAGCAACAGGAAGACGUAAAGAAACGAUGUAUUACCGCCGAACCUCAUCACGGUGAAAACUGGUGUAAAGUGUCGAAGAACAUAGCGAACUGGUGCUUGAGCACAGAUCAGAUUUUAGUACUAGUUGCGAAAGAUUUACCUAUUCCGAUAUAAUAUUUAGGAUAAGAUAGGACGAGUUGUAUAUAUAUAUGUAUUUAUAGUUUUUCUAAUUUAAGUUUCAUUAAAUAAUAGAGUAAAUAAACUUUUAAACGUGUUAGAACACAAUUUAUUUUGUAGCAUGUAUUUGGACAUCGUUGUACAGUCACUGUGGAAGUGGCUCACCCUACAACUAAUUAAAUCUAGUAUGAUCGAUAA